AUGAGAUUGAUAAUACGUCAGGACUACGAUGAAGUCUCCACCUAUGUUGGCAAGUCCAACUACGUAAAGGAACGCAUCAGCCAGUUUGCACCUACACCAGACCGACCUUUUGUUCUCGGGUUACCUACAGGCUCGUCGCCGGUUGCAACGUACCAAAAAUUAAUUGCUCUGUAUAGAGAAGGUCAAGUCAGUUUCGAGAACGUUGUGACGUUCAACAUGGACGAAUACGUUGGCCUUCCGCGUGACCAUCCAGAAUCAUACCACUCAUUCAUGUGGAAUAACCUAUUCUCGCACAUCAACAUCAAACCUGAAGGCGUUAAUAUUUUGGACGGCAAUGCACCUGACCUGGAUGAAGAGUGCAAGCGGUUUGAAGCUAAAAUAGCACUUGUUGGUGGCAUCGAGCUCUUCUUGAGCGGAAUCGGACCUGAUGGACAUAUCGCAUUUAACGAGCCGGGUUCCUCGUUAACUUCUCGCACACGCGUAAAGACGUUGGCAUACGAAACAAUUAUUGCAAACACGCGCUUUUUUGAUGGCGAUGUCGCCAAAGUCCCUAAACUAGCAUUGACUGUCGGUGUAGCCACUAUUAUGGACGCCCGCGAAGUAAUGGUCAUUAUAACUGGUGCACACAAGGCAAUUGCUCUUGGGAAAUGCAUCGAAGAAGGUGUUAGCCACAUGUGGACCGUGUCAGCUAUCCAACUUCAUCCUAAAGGCAUGAUUGUGUGCGACGAAGAUGCUACACUGGAGUUGCAUGUCAAGACCGUCAAAUACUUCAAGUCGAUUGAACACGUUCACCAUGCCUUGAUAGGCAGUGAGAAUAUAUCUUUGCAAGGUAAUAUAUUUAGCAAGAGAAAGCAUGAACAAUGA